AAAAUUUCUUGUUUUGAGCAAAGAAAUCCAGAAGGCAAAACGAGAUCGCUUGGAUUUUCUUUGAUUUCUUCACCAUUUAUGUACCUUUAUUGGAUCUGUGCUUUGCUGGGACCUUCCCUGACUGCUGCGUUUCUUAAAGUAUAAGGUGAUGAUUUAUGGAAGGAGCUGAGGGUGAUGCUGCCUCCACUAUGACACCUCUUGCCAAGUUGAGAAAUGAUUUAUCAAGGGCAUUCCAGUACUAUCUAGAUCGAUCAACACCUCAUCCGAUGCAAAGGUGGUUGGGAACUCUUGCAACUGCAGCAAUUUAUACGUUGCGAGUUUACUAUGUUCAAGGUUUUUACAUUGUAUCAUAUGGCCUUGGAAUUUAUGUCUUGAAUUUGUUGAUUGGGUUUCUAUAGCCAAAGGUUGAUCCUUAACUUGAAGUUUUGGAUGGAGCUUCUUUGCCAACAAAAGAAUCGGAUGAGUUCAAGCCUUUCAUUCGCCGCCUUCCUGAGUUUAAGUUCUGGUAUUCCAUCACCAAGGCUUUCUGUGUGGCCUUUCUAAUGAACUUUUUUUCCAUGUUUGAUGUCUCUGUCUUCUGGCCCAUAUUACUCUGCUGUUGGAUUGUUCUUGUCCUCACAAUGAAACGCCAAAACGUGCACAUGGUUAAGUAUAAAUAUGUUCCAUUUUGUGUUGGAAAGCAGAGGCAUUCUAGGAAGAUGUCUGCUGCAAGUAGCAGCAGCUUAACAAGGGACUGAACUUUUGUUACAUUUAGAUCCAGUGCAACCUUUUCAAAUCUUUAGUUUGUAGGUUUUGGAUAAAUUACACGUCCUCAUGUAAAACACUUGCAAAAUUUGUGCAAGUUGAGGAUUCACUUUUGUUUUGUAUUUAUUAGCAGAUUUCACACAUUUUUUAAUUGACUCGUUAUAUUUCUUUGUACACACUUCUUUUUCUUCCUUUCACUAUUCUAUUAUUUUUAAAGGAAUCAAAUCUUGUAUA